AUGUCAGUGGACCCCAGAAAGAGGAAGAGCCGGCACGUUUUGACGCCGGACAACUUGUCUACCGCGAUUCAAGUGAGCAACCUGCCCGCAGACUGGACGCAGGACAUAGCGAGUUCUGUGGUUGCCGGGUCUGGGCCAGUGGUUGACAUAGCAGCCAAGACUGACCCAAGGACUGGGAAACUGAACGCCAUUGUGUACGAAUACCAGUCGAGCAGGGACUGUGAGGAUGCAUACGCACUGCUCACCAAGAUACAGAGGUUCCCCUGUACUGUCGAGAGGAUAAUCCCGAGCAAUUACAAGGACAGGCUGCAACAGCAGCGGGACCGCGUCAAGCUGCCAGAGCUCGAGCUGAAGAGGGACUUGUUCCCCUGGGAACUCGGGCUGGAGUUGCCCUUCCAAAUGGUUACCAACGUGCCGAUCCCAAGAAAGCCCAACGCGAACGUGGAUAGCAGCAGUAACAACAAUAACAACAACCAGAAUAUAGUGUUCCCAGAUAUUCUCAGCAAGGCGUCAAGCCACUUGCCGCAAUUCCAGUCCGGGGUGUUGACAACGCCGGAUCCCGUGUCGCAGAAUCUGAGCAAGAUCCCGCCAUUGCAGCUCAUCGAAUUCAUAUCGAACUUGAAGAUCCUCGCAAAUCAGGGGAAGUCGAAGAGGGUGCAGUUGGAGCAGUUCCUCAUGGGGAACAACGACCUAGUCCUCUCCAUCUCGCAGGCACUUCUGGAGAUGGGGUUUAUAACACAAGACGUCGUCGGUGCCGUGAUCAUGCAAGCGUCUUCGGCCGCCUCUAACACGGCCGCAGCAGACCCGAAACUCACGAGGAGCGGUUCUAGCAGUAGCAGUAGUGGGCCUGCUGGCCCAGUACAGAAUGGCACUGGUCAAACUUCGCAUAGAGGGAGCUCGUCGAGCGAACCCACGACAACGACGGCGACGACUACAAUCCCUGCCCAGGCACCUAUACAGCCGCCCUUUGCGUUCCCAGCACAACAGUCCCCGCCACAGCAACAGCAACGGCAGCAGUUCCCACCGCAGCAAGUCCCCGCGGCGUCCCCGCCGCCUCUACUCUACAAGAACACAAGCGGCACGGCAAACGGGCCCAUGAUAGAUAUACUGAAGUUGCACAAGCUGCCACAGCAGCAGCAGGACAUGAUCAAGCAAGUGCUGACGCUGAGUGACGCACAAGUGCGGCAACUCCCACCGGAUCAGCAGACGAUGGUCUCAAAUCUGAAGGAAGAGUACCUCCUCUAA